AUGAUCACCCAGCUCGGAGACGAUCUCCUCGUAGAGAUUCUCAUCCGCCUCCCCGAUCCUAGACCCGCCUGCCGCUGUAAAUCAGUCUGCAAGCGGUGGAGCUCCCUCAUCUCCACUCCCUCCUUCAACCGCCGCUUAAUUCAUCACCACCACCGGAGUUGGAACCAACUCCCUCUGCCGGAGGAUCCGAACGAGCUGCAAUCGACCGUCCGGAGCUUCCUCCCUCGCGUGCACAUCAGAGACGAAUUGAGAGUUCUGGAUUGCUUCAAGGACUGGGUUUUGUGCGGGUUCUGGGAUUUGGAAGACGACAACCACGAGUCGAGGAGAUCGUACUUGGUCUGCAAUCCGUUCACGAAGCAGUGGGUCGCCCUUCCUUUAGCGCCUAAAAAGCAUGUUGACUACGCCCAAUCCCUCGCCAGGUUAGUCUGUGAACCCUGCAAUCCUAGGAAAUUUGAUCUAGGAGAUGAUGAACAAGCAUUCGUCUAUUCUUCCGAGUAUCGGUUCCGAGUCGUGUGUAUUUAUAAUGUGGGGCCGACUACGAUGCUAGACGUGUUUUGUUCCGAGUCCUGGAAGUGGACCAGGGAGAUUCUUGCUAUCCGCCGCUGUCUGAGGAUCGGAAACAAAACUGUAGUUUCGUGCAAUGGGGAGUUGUUCUGGUCCUAUCAUAAAUUCGAAGAUCUGAAAGAAGACCGGCUCCAUGGUUCGGUGGCGGCCUUCAAUCCUUUCCGUCUCGAUAUACCCCCCACUUCCAUUGAUGUUUCUGCGUUUGACGCUAAACCGUGGUGGGUUAUUUCGGGCUCGCAAGGCGCAUUGCACGUGAUUGCAUUCGAGGGCAGAGUAGGUGUCAUUGGGUGGCUUUCAAGUGUUUGGAGACUGGAAGAAGACCGACGAUCCUGGAGGAAACUGUGUGAAGGGUUGGUAUGCAACAAGAAAUCGAGGUGUGGUAAAUAUCGAGUUGAGAGAUGCCAUCUUCAACUGUGUCUGCAUCCAUGUAAGCCAGAAGUUUUGUUGUUCAACUGGCUUGAGGGUGGUGAUGCGAACGCUAUACUGUCCUGGGAUCUGCAAACAGAAGAGGUGGAGUUUUUUGCUGAACUAGAAGGUGGCGCUGCUGUCAGUUGUAUUAUGGUGUUCCACCCUCGUGUUCAUUGCUGGCCUACUUCGAUCCAAUGUUUUAGAGAUUGUACCCUACCGCCCAAACAGACUGGUAAUAUCGCUUAUUGGGCACGAAAGGGUAGGCGGUUUUACCGUACGAAACGGUUGAACUACCAUAGUUUUAAUACAAAAUACCUUAUCUCAUAA